AAGAAAAUUGCAGGGGAGCAAGAGAAGCCUCAGAACUCAGUUAAAAUGUCAAGAGAAUUGAGAUUACUCCAUAGCCACCAUUACUAUAUAUCAAGAAAAUCAUUACCAGUCCCUUCAGUAAGAAGGCCAUCACUAAAACUGAAAAUACUGCCAGUUCUGAGACUAAAUAUAGCCGCUCGUGCAAAACCACCAUCACUAACAGUAACGGCAGCUGCAGCCGGAGGAAGAGGAGGCGGAGUGUCGCGACCGCCGCUUGAUUUAACUGAAGAUAAUGUCAGACAAGUCUUAGCUGAUGCCAGAACCGAGUUCGGACAGCUUUUUGAUACUUCAAUUAACAUAACAGGACAAGCUGAACUUGCUGAACUCGAUGGACCGUUCGUGAAGAUCAGUCUUAAAGGUCGGUUUUGGCAUGAACGUUCUCUUGUUCUUGCCAGACUUGGAAAUUAUUUGAAGCAAAGAAUUCCUGAAAUUGUGGAGGUAGAGAUAGAAGAUGAGAAACAACUGGAUGACAGUCCUGAAAACUUUUGAAGCAAUGGGUUCCAUUGCUACCCUUCAGUGCCAAUUUGCUUCAGUUUUUGUUAAAUAUGGACAUUGUAAUGAAUUUUUUUAGAAUAUCUGAAAUAUCAAAUACUAUUAAUAAUUUCAAUGA